GUGCAGUCAGGUGAUACACAAUAAAACUAAAAUAACCUCCUCCACAACAACCACCACCACCCAAAUUCGCCAUUAAAUCCUCCGCCACCUGACCUCCGUUCCCUCACCGGAAACCGCCCACCCCAUUAUUUAUCACACCAAUAAAUACAUAUACAAUUACACAUAUACAUAUAUUAUAUAUAAAUAACAAAACCGAUCUGUCAAAUAUGAAAGAACCGACCACGACAACAACAACAUCCUACGGUGACAAUAACAAAAACCUAUGUGAAGAAGUAAGUAAAGUUGUGGAGGAAAUCAAAGAGUUACAAGAAACAGCAUCGAAUUUGAUAUCAAAGAAUUCAGAAGAAGAUGCUUCGUUAAGACAAAAAGCAAUCGCACUUGAUUCCAAUAUAAAAAUGCUGAAAUCUUUCCUAUCAAAUUCUGUUAAAAAAGGGACAUUAGAUUCUAAACAUGCAGAUCAUUUAAGUGAAGAGUUGAGUAGAGCUACUUAUACUUUGACUGAAGGAGAUGCUGCCACUUUCCUUCCCUGCAAAUCACAUGGAAGAUUUUUGAGGAUGUUUCUUGGUCCAAUAAAUGUACGUGCUAACAGAAAGGAUAUUCAAUUGAAAGUGAAGGAGGAGUACUAUAGUUUUAGGGAUAGAACUGCAUAUCUGUUUCUGUUUUUCCCGUCAUUGCUACUGGUUCUAAGGUCACAAAUCUGGGGUGGAUGUUUCCCUGCUUUACCUGUCCAGAUUUACCAGGCAUGGUUACUCUUUCUUUAUACAGGGUUAGCUUUAAGAGAAAAUAUCUUGAGAGUUAAUGGAAGUGAUAUACGUCCAUGGUGGAUAUACCAUCACUAUUGUGCCAUGGGUAUGGCGCUCAUCAGCCUUACCUGGGAGAUAGAAAGGCAACCUGACUGUGCCCAGAAGCAGAAAGGUAUACAAUUGUUUUUGAGAUGGGCAAUCAUGCAAGGUAUAGCAAUGCUUCUACAGAACAGAUAUCAAAGGCAAAGAUUAUAUACACGCAUUGCCCUGGGAAAGGCAAGAAGAAUGGAUGUUGUGUGGGGUGAAACUGCUGGAGUAAAGGGUCAAUUAUGGUUGUUAUUGCCCAUACUGUUGUUCUUGCAGGCCUUUGAAGCAUACGUGGGUGUGCUAUUGCUAAAAAUUGCAGUGGUUGGUGUUGUUUCUGAAUGGCAGGUUGUUACUUGUGGAAUCCUUCUGAUAAUCAUGGCUGUCGGGAAUUUCUCAAACACAGUGCAGACACUUGUACUAAAGUCUCAGUUCAAAGCUAAAAUGAAGAGAGGUAAAAGCAAGAGUGACUUAACUCAGGUAUCCUCCGCAUCAAAGGAUCAAUGAUUCACAAACUUCUCAAUAAUUAGAACAUUAAGUUGGUAUAUGAGAUUUUUACAAGUUUCUCCCCCAUCUGAUACCGAUUUUUAUUUGCUAGUGUGAACAAUUUGGAUUCCAUAAAUGAUUAGCUUAGUGCCAGUAUGUUACCAUUGUACACGAAAUCAAUAAAACAUCUGGUUUUUUUGCAA